CUGCUGAUUUUCCACAAUCGAGAAAUUGUUCGGUCCUCCUCUGUAGUCAGUGCCAUUGACUAGGAUUUGGUCCUGAGGGUUGGGUUGAUAGACGACCAAAUCUCAAGAAAUUUCUCGCCGCACACGUGACCCCCUGAGCGAUCAGAGAGCGCCUCACGUCCAAAUGGCGGAGAAACCUUCGCAGCCUACAUUUCCCUUAAUGGCACCCACAUUUAACAAGUUCAGACCAGCUCGGAUCUUCAAGGACGCGAUCGAGAUGGACACACCCAGUACCUCAUCAUCGUCCAAAUCCCCGUCUGGAGGUUACCCGCGCCAGAUCACUGGAAUGUGUUUUGACGACCACGGUCAUACUCUGAUCACUGCUGGCGAGGAUGAAUCGUUCCGUUUGUAUAGCUGCAAGAGUGGCAAGCACGUGAAGACGCUUUAUUCGAAGAAAUAUGGCAUCGAUCUUCCCAGAUUCACGCACAAGGAAACGACGAUUCUGCAUAUAUCAACGAAAGAAAAUGAUAUUAUUCGUUAUCAUUCCCUGCAUGACAAUAAAUACUUGAGGUAUUUUGAGGGUCACACUCGACGAGUGCUGUCGCUCGAUGUGUCUCCAGUCGAUGAUGGCUUCCUUUCUGGUUCCGAGGAUAAGACAGUGAAAUUAUGGGAUCUUCGCACCUCAAAACCCAGGGUGUGUUCCCCGAAAAGUAUCACUUAUCUCAACUUGAUUCAUUUACAACAGGGAGAACUCAGCUUGCCGGCGUCUGCGAUCGCUGCUUAUGAUGCCAAUGGCAUCAUCUUCGCUGUGGCUUUGAAUGCUUACCAGAGAAUCAACCUUUACGAUACUAAGAAUUUUGACAAAGAGCCAUUUUUGCAUAUCGUUCUCGAAGACGUAUCACUGAAUAAAAUCAGUUUCCCACCUCGAAAGCCAAUAAUGACUAGCUUGGCAUUUAGUGCCAACGGUAAACACCUUCUAGUCGGCACGGCAGGCGAUGCACAUUAUGUGUUGGACGCAUUCGAAGGGACAUUACUUUACAAGCUCGAGGGUUUCAUCGGGCUGGAGAGGGGAAAGUCUGGGAAUCAUGUUGGGAUGGUCCCCGAGAGAGGAAUUAGUGGUGGUGAAGUGUGCUGGACGCCAGAUUCAAAAUAUGUCUGUGGCGGUAGUCAAGAUGGGCGCGUGCACGUGUGGGAUUUGUCGGAGCCUGAAUCCCUGCCUCCACCGGGCCCUCCAGGAACUGAUCCAACAGUUUUGAAGCCUGCGUUCUCGCUGGAAGGACAUCCAGGUCCAAGCCGCUGUGUGAGGUUCAAUCCCAGGUUCAUGAUGAUGGCAACUGCGGGCUCGGAGCUGGCCUUUUGGCUCCCCGAGCAAGGUAGCUCAGAAGGAGAAACAACUAAAACCGAAGCUAAAGUUGAUAAGGGCAAGGCGCCUGAAUCCUAAGGGAGUCUUGCAUAUUUCCUCAACCCUCUGCUGUGUCACCACAU